CUUGAAAACGGUGCGGAUAUUUACAGCCGCGAUUUCGAGUGUACUUAUCCCAUCCAUGUGGCCAUCGCAAAUAUUAGUCCUAAUUGUGUGAGAGCACUGUUUGCUCACGAAGAAAGUUUCCAUGCAGCCAGACUUGAACAAAGAGAAACUCGAACCCAAGUUACGGCCCUGACACCCACCGUAUCUCGCAGGUCAUUGGAAGUGGAGAAAUUACGAGGUUCCUCUGGCGCAGUAUCAACUGGGAAGGGAGCCAACUCCUUCGAUCGCAAAAGGCGGAAGUCAGCAGCCGAAAAAAAAUUGUUACACCUUGCUCAGACCCUAAGGCGAUACAGCAGACAGAAAUUAGAAACCGAGCAGUGCAUGAUCGACCUGGUAGACUGUGAGGGAGAAACACCCUUACAUGCAGCUGUGACAUCAGGCGACACUGAGAUGGUCAAGAACGAUGAGUCGACGCCGGUACACUACGCUUGCAUCAAAGACGAUCUGGAAUGUGUGGAUCUGAUGUUAAAUGCCAGGCCAGAAGAAAAGGAAGCUGCUCUGAGGAUGCCAAACAAAAAUGGAUACACUCCGCUUCAUUUGGCUGCUGUAUACAAUCACGAACAGUUGGUACAUUACCUUGUCGAAAAGGGAUCGCCACUGGAAUUGACGGACGGUAACGGAUGGACGCCCCUACUGUUAGCCGCAAUGAAGGGGUCCUUUAGGGCGUGCAUUCAGUUACUUCGACUUGGAGCCAAUCCAAACGCGCACGAUGUCUCUAAUCGCAACUUGGUACAUUUGCUCAUGCUUUUUCGUGGUCCUGGUGUAAGGACAGUGCUACCAGAAGUAAAUGACGAAACUCUCUUUAAACAGCUUGUGAAUGAAAAGGACGUAUUCGGUUGCACACCGUUACACUAUUCUACCAAAAUGGGAAACCUCGGCGCGACCUCAGCCUUUGUUCUACGUGGUGCUUCUGCUCUUGAACGUGACAACGAUCGGGAUACCCCUCUCCAUACUGCGGCUCAUUUUGGUCGCCUACAUACGUGUGAAAGGUUAUUGGACACAUCUCUUGGGAUGCGUGCAAUGAAUUCACCCGACGCACUUGGUCGCCUGCCACUACAUGUGGCGGUAGAACAAGGACAUGUUGAAGUAGUUAAGCUUUUCCUGGAAAAAGGAUGCGUUUUUCGCAAGCACCCUAUUAACUUGAUUUCUGUAUCUGUCAAAUUCGUCCUUCUUUCCCUGUCUCAGCUGACGGCUUUGCAUUACGCAGCCAGAGCAAACAAUGCCCAGGUGUUAGAAUGCCUUCUGACAGCAAAUGCAGCUUUUGUUCCUGACAACGAUGGACUGUAUUUUGUAACCUAUGCUCUGCAACAGCAGAACUACGAGGCUACGAAGGUAAUCGUGACACACAGC